GUUAGCUUUGACGCUACUGAAUGUUGUUGUCUGGUACCACAGUCCAGUCAGACACCUAGCUCGUGUGUGGACGUCGGGUUGAAAUGACCCCGAGCAUUACGUGUGCAGUAAGUUAGCCUAGCGUUGUAGUAUAUGACAAUAUGAAAUGAUAGCUCGGGUUGCUAACGUUAGCGGCUGCCGUGACUAGCUAGCUCUUGGUCGGUGUAGGUGAGUUGUCCCGCAGCUCAAUGGCGAAGUAGCAGCUCAGUUUCACAUCUGCAAAGUGGGCGACGUCGUCGUUCUUCUGGGUUUUUCACCGGAAAUGUCGCGACUUGUUGACUCCGAUGAAGACACGCCGCUGCUCCGGGACGAUGCCAGCAGCGAUGACUCCCAGGAUGGAGACUACAAGAGUCGGUGGAGGUCCAUCAGAGUCAUGUACUUCACCAUGUUCCUCAGCAGCGUCGGUUUCACUAUUGUCAUCACAUCACUUUGGCCCUAUUUGCAAAAGAUGGAUGAAAGCGCCAACGCCAGCUUCCUGGGAUGGGUGGUGGCCGCCUACAGCCUCGGUCAGAUGGUGGCCUCCCCCAUUUUCGGCCUGUGGUCUAAUCACCGACCACGCAGGGAGCCACUGGUGUGCUCCAUUUUCAUCAACGUUUUAGGCAAUAUCUACUACGCCUAUGCAUACCUGCCCACGACCAAUAACAAGUUCCACAUCCUCUUGGCCAGAGCUUUUGUCGGCUUUGGAGCAGGCAACGUUGCUGUGGUGAGGUCGUAUGUUGCUGGAGCAACAUCGCUCAAGGAGAGAACCAGUGCCAUGGCGAACAUGAGCGCCUGUCAGGCCCUUGGUUUCAUCCUGGGACCGGCACUUCAGGCGUGCCUGUCGUUCAUCGGCGAGCAUGGUUUCACAGUGAAGUUCAUAGAUCUGCAGCUCAACAUGUACACUGCUCCUGCUAUACUGGCUGCAGCUUUUGGCCUCAUCAACAUCCUGCUGGUCCUGUUGGUGCUGAGAGAGCAUCGUGUUGAUGAUCAUGGAAGACACAUUCGAGCCAUCAACUACACAUCGGAAGAUAGAGAUGACAUUAGCGAAGAAACUGAGGAAACCAUCGAUCAGGUAGCGGUCCUGACCUCCAACGUCCUCUUCUUCAUGGUCAUGUUCAUCUUUGCCAUCUUUGAGACAAUCGCCACCCCUUUUUCCAUGGACAUGUUCUCCUGGACCAGGAAAGAAGCUGUUGUAUACAAUGGCAUCAUCAUGUGCUGCAUUGGAUUUGAAUCCAUCAUUGUGUUUCUGGUUGUAAAAGUGGCUUCUCAAAGGGUUGGGGAUCGUCCUGUGUUUCUCGCAGGACUGGCCAUUAUAUUCUGUGGUUUCUUUACCCUGCUUCCAUGGGGGAACCAUUACCCAAAGAUCCAGUGGGCGGACCUCAAAAACAACUCACUGGUCAGUCGGAUAUCUGAGGCCACGUUAGCCUCCAACAGCUCUUUAGAGCCAACAGGCUGCCCGUAUCAACAGACCUGGUGCCAGUAUACUCCUGCAAUACACAUCGCCCAGUACAUCUCAGCUGACGUCUUGAUUGGCAUGGGAUACGCAGCCUGCAACGUCAUGUCCUACACACUGUAUUCCAAAAUCCUUGGACCCAAACCUCAGGGUGUGUACAUGGGGUUGUUGACGGCCUGUGGCAGCUGUGCGCGGACAUUGGGUCCCAUUUUUGUCUCCCAGGUUUACACGAUCCUGGGACCUCGCUGGGCCUUCAGCCUCAUCUGCGCGAUGGUGACAGGGGCCAUCGUCCUCCUGAGCUCUGUUUACCACAGACUCAUCGCAUUCUCUGUACGCCACAGACGGACGGUAGAAUAAUUCUCAAUGGAGAGAGGCUGAUGGCAGUUUUCUACUUUUAUUCUCAAAGACUUGAACCCAAAACCCUGGCUAUGAUGACAGCUUUUCCGUUGCUCUUGCUCACUUUACAAUGUGGUUAUCGAUUUGAGAGGUAAUGACUCAGGGUUGACCUUGACCACAGUCAAUGUGAACUACCAUGAUCUUAAUGAUGGUACUUUAAUACUAAUACAUUUGUUAUUUAAUUUUUACUGACAGGAAAUGUAUUGACGAUUGCACAAGCUCUGAUUCACUGGAUUUGGCAUUCCUUAUACUGUAUUUACGACACUUCAAAGUUUUUAUUUUGCAGAAUUUUUAACGUGUGAUAAUUUUUGUUGUGGAAGAUAUUUUACAAACAUACUAUAUGGGUGGGGGGGGGGAAUAAUGGUAAUUAUUUUUUCUAUUACUGUUGGCUUAACUUGUGGUUGUUUAAAACUACAGGUGAUCGUCUACCUGAACUAAUUCAGAAAGUGUGAAUGCAUGUAUGAUAAUGAUUAACUGAGUGAUGCAUUGAAGAUUUAAUAUGAUCCCA